GCGUACAGUAGAAAAAUUGCAAGAAAAAGUAUCAAGACAAAAAAUCGAUAAUCAGGAACUGAAGGAUGCCAAUAACGAACUAUUGACAAGACUAAGUGCUAUGGCUGGUGCUAGACUGACGGAUGGCAACGCAAAUAUUGCAGACCUCAGUGAUGAAAACAGACCCACAAAACUAGCUGAGCAGUAUUCAGAACUUUAUGACAAUGAAUGGACAGAUGCUUUUGAAGUGUUAACGGCUGGCGAACAUGUAUCAGAACAAGAUGCAUGCCAUACGCUUUUGGAAGCGCUUUGUGCAUUUUACAACGCGUGCAAAAAGAAGGCGAACGGUGACUUGGAAAACAUGAGGGAGGCAAUAAAGACGUUCCUUGGGGGUAAAGAACCACCAUCAGAGCUGAUGAAACCACUUAAAGAUCAGAGGAAAAAGAUCCAUAAUGGACACUUAAAGCACCUAAAGCGUGAUUUAAAAGAAAAUAUACAUAAGCUCUUUCCUGAUAAGAAGAAGCGCCACGAUGUGAGAUUGAAACUGUUUCUAAAUAAGGGUAUUGAAUUGUGUUGGCUCAUGGUUAUUCAAGACCCCUCUGUCUAUUUGGACGUAACCAUCUGCAACAGAUAUGGAGAAAAGUACGAAAGCACCACCUUGAAACCUUACACUCAGUCAGGACAGUAUAUUGAUUACAUUGUAUGGCCUCCGUUAUAUCUCAACGAAGGUGGAAAUAUUUUAUGUAAAGGUAUUGCACAGUGUAAAUCCGGCGUAACUAACAGAAUUUCGUGUAAUGCGCGUCCACCAACUUCGGAACAACAAGAAAUAACAAGAGCAACUAAAACAGAGACAGAACUCCAAGAAUCAAUUAAAGAAACUAAAAACUCUGAAACCAAACUUGAAGGUGCAACAUUAUCAGUGUCUGAUAGCUAUCAUAAUGACAGGUAUACCGAUCCGGGAACAUGCAGCAAUCAAAAGGAAUCGAACCAUGCAAAGCCAAUUUCUGUAGGAAUACUCUCUGUUACUGAAAAUGAAAACAGAUCAGAACUUCCUGUUCUAGAUGAAAUGUUAACAACAAAUGAAGUAAAUAAACACGAUGCGAAAACAAAUAUUACAACAGUGACAGAGACAGACGGACAGGAGAAGAUGGGGGCGAUUGACAAUUCUGAAUUUCCAUCCGAAGUUAAUCUAACAGAUUCUAAGGCCAAUUUCAGUAAAUUACAUUAAUGUCGAGCCGAGUUACUGUCAAGAAACGACAGUUACCCUCAAGAAAGAGGAAGAGCGAGACCAUAGGACUGAAACAGAUCAAAAGGCUAACCUUCCUGCUGAUAUAUCGAUAGACAGACCGGGUGCAAAUUUUGAUACGAAAUCGAAUGAUUAUAACGAGUCAAAUCCGAAUAUUAUUCCAUCAAACGCAAAGCCUUCUGUUAAUAGAAAGAGAAAAACUUCGAAUGCUACUAGAUCAAUGGAAGGUGAUAGAAAUACAAAAACAUCGAAUCCAAACACUACUACAGCUGUUGUUAGUAGUAAAGGUCAAACUACCAUGGAAACUUCUUAUCCAGGAUUUGAAAAUAGUGAAUCACCUCCCAAAGUUAAAAACACAGAUGAUAAAUCAAAGCAGUAUAGCUUAACGUAUCCCGAAACUGGAAGAAAGAAGAAAAACAAAGACAAUCGGAAACUAAACACAUCUGUCGGCAAGGCAACAUAGACAUUGAAAGAAUACGUAAUACAUUGACUAAAUUGUAUAUAUUCAAAUGUACAUUAUAAAGAUGCAUGUUUUGAUGCCAUAGACGAUUUGCAUUAAUAGAAACUCUGAAAAGAUUAAAACAAUUUCUUGAAGUAUAUUAUAUGAAUUCUCUGGAUUUCCAAUCUUUGACUUUACGUUAAGAUGCAUUGUUUGUACAAUGUUCAUUAUGCUUAUGUAAAGAUAGCUUUGAACAUAUUACGAAAUAACGUAACCUGAGAUGUAUAGUAUGUGGACUCGUUUGCUUACGAGGUUGAACUCAAAAUCACGAUAUGUAUACACGAAUAUCGUUUUAACACUAAAUACAUUUGCUUAUAAAAGUUGAAAUACUGUGAGAAAACUAAUGUAACCAUCGUUACAAAAGUAUUAAAUUUGCAGGGCUGUUAUUGUGCAUGUUGAUUAAGUUUGCACUGUUUAUCUCAAACGUUUACCAUUGAUUGAUUUCCUGAAUAGCCAGCAGUUAGAAAAAUGUCAAACGUUCAGCGUUCAUAUUAUAUUCUUUGCUUUGACAUUUAAUGCUUAUACACAUUUAAAUAUUACAAGGUGUGUGAGUGUACUAAACUAAAUAUUAAAAGCAACACAACUACUACAACAAGGAGUUAGUCAGAGGCCAGAGACUGAAAGAUCUGUGAGGUACAUGUACUGGUAUAUCAUUGAGCAGUAACUCAAAAAGGAACUAUGUUUAUUUAGAAAUAGCCUCUUUGGGUUGACAUAUUGCAUUAGCUGGUUUUCUCAACUGGCCUAUGCAAUUGCAGUUGCUCGAACAGAAAGCAAGCUAAAUUAUGCCUCAAUGAGAUUCGAGGUCCUUUUCAUUUGUUUUAAACAAACAUCCUAUCGUAACAAACCCGUUGUGACGGGCCGGAAUAAACCUAUUAUUGAAACCGAGAAUGCCCUGGAUAAUGUUCUAGAUGUAUCAGGUUGUAUACGGUGUCGCAUAAUAUGUAACACAAAUAAAAAUCAUUGAUCAUUCUAGAUUAGAGAAUAUGUCAUGGUUUUAUUUAAUUGCACUGGAAUUAUAAAUAUGCAUUUUAUUAGCAAUAAAACAUACAUAU